AAAUGAGUUGACACAGAAUGGUUUUAACCCUCCGAAUGCCGUAUUGUUCGGAAACAAAGUGCUUCUUUUAAUAAAUAUUUCGUAAGACUGUCGGGCCCCCGGGAAGGGAAACCUCCCUUCAGGGAACUUCCACUUCAGUUUUUAGUAAAGACUAGAAGAGAAAUUCUAGACUGUAACAGACAAAAUGUAAUUAUUAAUGUUGUGUUUGAUGAUGGAGGUUAUUAUGCUUGCUUCACAGAUGGAGUCACUCAGGGAAAGUCCCACUCCUUCAUACUCACUGUCUGCUAAACAGCGUUUUAAAAUUGCAAAUCCCGUGCAGCUUAGGGGAACUAUAUGUCAUCAUUCAGUUAUUUUGAUGGAAGCUGCAUGUUGGAGUGGAUUAAAUCAUCUUAACGGAAGCAAACUACAUGAAGUGUGCCACACCAGAGUACUGCACUGACUACUGUUGCAGAUGGUUUUGGAUGUAUAAGGAAAGAUACCCUUUUUGGCUAGACUCACUGAUUAUCAAUAUGCUUCGUCUGAGAGUCAUUUGUUCGUUCUCCUGGAGAGUAUUUCAGUUUCGACCCUUCAGCUGUGAACCGUUAAUUAGCCAAAUGGACAAGUGCGCAAGCGAAGAGCAAGUAUUUGAUCUUGUUGAGAGAAACAAAAGCACGCUUUCAGAAAAGCAAGUGGGAUAUGCAUUUAAUACACUUUGGCAGCUUCAAAAGCAGAAGACUGACUUGUUAAAAGAUAUUAGGUGUAUUAGAGACCAUCCCCAAUUCCCUUCUCUUCAUAGUUUAACUAUAAACAAAAUCAAAUUAAUGGAUGAUGAUACCCUGGUAGAUGUGUUAUAUAUCACACAACAGUUUGCGGUGGAGGCCCAUGACGCACUGGUUGAAGCCCUGGUCAUAGAGGCCUGGAGAAGGCUGGAAAGGUUUGACAUUAAUGUAUUGUCAAAAUUUUCUACUUGCCUAGCGGAUCAGCAUUUAUAUUUAAGUCCAUUAAUGGGAGAAAUAGCUGAUAUUGUACAUAGAAACUUAGAAGACAUACAAGACUUAAGGUCUUUAUCUGUCCUGAUGGUCAACAUCUCCUCUUUAAUAUCGUCACAUUUUCAAGAUCAAUUAGUGAAAAAGACAGAACUACUUUUUGAUACCAUAAGUUAUUCUGACAUCAACAUUGCAAGAAAAAUAGUACAAUUCCUUCGAAAUGCUAAUUUUAGUUAUUAUCCACUACUAGAAAAGUGUAAUAAACUGUUUUUAAGAAAUAUGAGCCACCUUGAUUUGGAGUCCAUCAGCAAAAUACUUGGUCUUUAUUACUCUCUACAGUUUCAUAGUUUUGAAUUUGUUGCAACAGUUAAAAAAAGGCUAACUGAAAUGGCUCUUCCAUUUGAUAACCCUGCAAACUUUGUAAAAUUGUUUGUAGCCCUGGGACCCAUAGCAGGACUUGAAGAAAGGAAACGACUUAAAUCAGCCUUGUUGUUGAUGUCAGAGGAACUGACAAGCCAACAAGUCCUGGCAGUGGUGGGCGCAAUGAAAGAAAUGGAAAGCAGAAAUUCACAUCUGAAUAAAAAAAUUGCUUCAGUUCUGCAUAAACAUUUGGAUAAGUAUAAACCAACAGAGCUAUUGAAGAUUACUCAUGCAUUGAUUUCUCUACAGUUUCGAAGUAAAGAGCUGUUUGUGAAACUCAGAGAAUUACUGCUUAGUUAUCUGAAAACCAGUGUCAUUCCGAGUCAGAUUUCCGUCCUGGCCCAUGCUCUUUCCAUGCUCCCUUCUUCCUACCUGGACGAAGCGGCCAUAGCCCGAGUGGACGCCGUUUUGCCAUGCUGUGACCUGAUGCAGCUCAAUGAUUUUGCCACAUCUGUUUUAAGAUGGAUUCAGUACGAUCAUGUCUAUUCGGAUAGUAUUCGUGGAAAACAACUGAAACUGCUUCAAAAGUUGGAUUACUACGGCUGUCAGAGACUACAACAGAGCAACAGUUUGGAUCGCUUAUGGAAGGAACUGAAAGUUUUAAAAGGAGACUGGUUCCUUGAAUCACUUCUUGAAGACACAUUUGCUGCUUUACAACGUUUCAUGGAUGAAAUCAAUUGUACAAAUGUUGCAGAGAUUGCGUCUUUUAUUUCAAAGACUAGCUACCUCAGUGCUUCGCUACUUGAUAGAAUAGCCUCAGUGGUUGUCCAACAGAUUGAAAAGAUCCAUCCUUUUGCAAUCCUUGCUGUUAUUCUUCCAUUCAGCACCUUGAACUACGAUCCACCUCAGAGGGAAGAAUUUUUUGGAACUUGCAUGCAGCGCUUUAAUUCUUACUUAGGUGUGUUGGAUCCUCUUGUUUUAGUGUUUCUUGGUUUCUCUUUGGCCACGGUUGAAUAUUUUCCAGAAGAUCUGCUAAAGGCAAUUUUUAACAUCAAAUUCUUGGCCAGAUUGGAUUCUCAACUUGAGAUUUUACCUUCAUCUCUAAGUGCAAGGAUCCAGUUUCGUCUCAUGGAGUUAAAUAGAGCAGUCUGCUUGGAAUGCCCUGAGCUUCAGAUUCCAUGGUUUCAUGACUCUUUCUGUCAACAACAGUAUAAUAAAGAUAUUGGCACUAUGCAUGGAGCACGACAGAAGAUUUAUAAGAUGCUAGCAGAGGUGCUGGGAGGAGUGUGUUAUGUACAAUCCUGUGUUCUGACAUCUUACCACCACACAGUAGAUUUUGAAUGCAUUUUGGAUAAAAGAAAAAAACCUAUUCCUUAUGGGAGCCCUAAUGCAACUUUGGGAAAACUACCAGAAAUGUACUGGGAAUCAAGUAUGCAAAUAGCUGGAUCAAGGCUGCCACCAGGAGCUGAAAGGAUUGCUUUGGAAUUUUUGGAUUCAAGAGCUUUCUGUAGAAACAUCCCUCACUUGAAAGGAAAAUCUGCUAUGAAAAAACGGCAUUUGGAAAUCUUGGGUUAUCGUGUAAUUCAGAUCUCUCCUUUUGAAUGGAACUCUAUGGCACUGUCAACGCAGGAAGCUCGCGUGAACUACCUGAGAGAACACAUAUUUGGAGAAGGCAAAUCAUGACUGGAAUUUUAAGAUGAGUUAUGGUGUGCCACACCUGUACCUGUACCUGUAUUUAAUUAUCUGACCUGACUCAAUUUAAAAAAUCCUGAGGUAGGAACAUAUGUGAUGUGUUUUAGAAUAUCAAGGAAUCUGUUGUGAUUACAGCAGAGUAAGUGGGGAGGGAAGUAUAAGAAAAGGCAAGAGGUAACAGGGACAAAUAUAUAUAUACAACCUCAUGA